UCCCCACAAACGCCUUCACCUCCUCCGUCCCCGGAUCCCCUCAACUCCCUCCCUACCUACCCCUUGCGCAUCCGACCGACCAUGUCGCCGGCGGAGCCGACGCGGGAGGAGAGCGUGUACAUGGCCAAGCUUGCGGAGCAGGCCGAGCGGUACGAGGAGAUGGUGGAGUUCAUGGAGCGCGUGGCCAAGGCCACCGGCGGGGCGGGGCCCGGGGAGGAGCUCUCCGUCGAGGAGCGCAACCUGCUCUCCGUUGCCUACAAGAACGUCAUCGGGGCCCGCCGCGCGUCCUGGAGGAUCAUCUCCUCCAUCGAGCAGAAGGAGGAGGGCCGGGGCAACGACGCGCACGCCGCCACCAUCCGCUCCUACCGCACCAAGAUCGAGGCCGAGCUCGCCAAGAUCUGCGACGGAAUCCUCGCGCUGCUCGACUCCCACCUCGUGCCCUCCGCUGGCGCCGCCGAGUCCAAGGUCUUCUACCUCAAGAUGAAGGGCGACUACCACAGGUAUCUUGCUGAGUUUAAAUCUGGUGCGGAGAGGAAGGAAGCUGCCGAGAGCACCAUGAACUCAUACAAAGCUGCUCAGGACAUCGCUCUUGCAGAUUUGGCUCCGACUCACCCCAUCAGGCUUGGGCUUGCACUCAACUUCUCUGUGUUCUACUAUGAAAUCUUGAACUCCCCUGACCGUGCCUGCAACCUUGCAAAACAGGCCUUUGAUGAGGCUAUAUCAGAGCUGGACAGCCUGGGUGAAGAAUCCUACAAGGACAGCACUUUGAUCAUGCAGCUUCUGCGUGACAACUUGACUCUAUGGACAUCCGACACCAAUGAAGAUGGUGGUGAUGAGAUCAAGGAAGCCCCAGCUCCGAAAGAAUCCGGAGAAGGACAGUAAGCUGAAUCCAGACACUUGUCUGAUGCGCCAGCUGUUCUUGGGGUGUAACAGAAACCGAUGGUCUUGGAUUUCGAUAGCAAUCUUCUAGUACGCGUACUGUUGUGGUCGCUACUUUGACACUGUUUAAUUAAGCACUUUAGAGGUUUCUGGUGUUGAUAAAUGCUUGCUGGAUUAUCGUUUUCUUGUUCAAUCCGGCCACAAGCAAAAACCUGCUCUUUUGCGCCAUUAGAAUGUUUGCUGUAUCAACCAUGUCUGACAAGACUUGCUGCAUCUAGUACUAUUUUGCUGAAA